AUGCCCCCACCUCUUUCUUCGGAAAGCGGCGCGCCCACCGACUGGUCACGCAGCUACUUCGGCCUGUCGACGCAACCGUUCUCCAAAGAGGUGUCAGAGGUGUUGAUGGCUCCCGUGGAUCCUAUGGACGUCGAGAUGAAGCCUGAUGGGCUGAUCUAUCUCCCUGAGAUCAAGUACCGCAGGGUACUGAACAAGGCGUUUGGCCCAGGAGGAUGGGGUCUCGCACCGCGUAGUGAAACAAACGUCGGGCCCAAAGUAGUCAGCAGGGAGUACGCGCUGGUAUGCCUCGGAAGGUUGGUCGCGAUCGCGAGAGGAGAACAGGAGUACUUUGAUCCUUCGGGCAUUCCCACAGCUACCGAGGCGUGCAAAAGCAAUGCGCUGAUGCGGUGUUGCAAAGACUUAGGCGUCGCCAGCGAGUUGUGGGACCCACGAUUCAUUCGUGAAUUUAAAUCCCAGCAUUGCGUAGAGGUGUUUGCGGAGCAUCUCCCCACCAAGAAGAAGCGAAAGCUCUGGAGGCGCAAGGACCAGCCGAAAUUCGAAUAUCCUUAUAAAGAGUAGACUCGACAUUGCACAUCCUCACCUGUAUCAUAGACCCACCAGCAUAUUUUCACACACGCUUUCAAUCAUCGCUACUCAUGCUACACAUUUCAGAUAGGCCAUGCGUCGAAACAUUCCACGCUUGCAGGCAGCGGUGAAAGCCCAAAAAUAGAGUGUUAAAUACCGGGAAAAGGCUACAACAUGUCUCGGAAUGUAGUCAGGUGAAAAUUUAAUACAUACAAUAUGCCCGGUAUGCGUCAU